AUGUCUGCUGCCUGCUGCUCUCUCCCUCCCGUCCAGGCGGAGUACACCCCUAAGGGUUCGUACGGCAAGCUCGGCGGCAUCAAGUCGUACGGCGUCGGUCCCACCGACACCGGCAAGGCCAUCCUCGUCGUCUACGACGUCUUCGGCUACAGCCCCCAGAUCCUCCAGGGUGCUGACAUUCUGGCCUCUGCUGGCUUCCGCGUCGAGAUGCCCGACUUCCUCCACGGCACCUACGCCACCGCCGACAUGUUCGACGGCUCCGAGGCCGGCACUGAGAAGCGCAACAAGUUCUUCUCCGGCUUCCCCGGCAAGUACGACACCCAGUCUGACCAGAUUGGCGAAGCUCUCAAGGACCUCAAGUCCCAGGGCUACAAGUCGGUCGGCACCGUCGGCUACUGCUGGGGCUGGAAGGCGACCGUCACCUCGUCGUGCGUGAACGACUUUGCGGCCAUUGCCUCGUGCCACCCCUCGUUCAUCGACCUCGAGGACGCCGAGCGCAUUAACGUCCCCGUUCUCCUCCUUCCCUCCGAGGACGAGGACAAGAAGACCAACGACGGCGUCUACGAGGCCCUCGAGAAGAAGAACCCCGGCAAGAACAAGAUCAAGUGGUACCCUGGCCAGCCGCACGGCUUCGCUGCCGCCCGUGGCGACCUCUCUGGCGGCAAGGCCACCGAGGCUUACCAGGACGCCUACGCCGAGCUCAUCAAGUUUUUUCGCACCUACGUCUAA